AUGUCAUUAUGGCCAGAUGAUUUAAAACUAAGUUUAAAAAUUUCUAAAAGGCAAGAAAUAAGAAAAUCAAAAAAUUCUGGUGCACAAACCAAAAUUAAAAUAUUACUUGAGAUUCUCAUGUAUAAUGCAACAUUAUGUAUUCUUUGA